CCCCCGUUGGUUUGUUUUGCACUCUUUGCUGCUUUUUUCGUGUCUUAUUAGCUCAACAUCGUAGAAUUUGAUUGAGGUGCUAACUGCAAUGAGGAAGCAGUAUCACCAACAUUUUUAUGGCUUUAGUAAGAAAGAAAAAGAUUCAAACUGGAAGGUGCCGUGCCAUGAAAGGCUACAAGAACUGUUGAAGAAGAGGUUCAUUUCACCGGAAAAUCAAAUUCAAACUGGCGUUAUUGAAGAUACCAUGAGUUAUGAGUUGUAUAACGCUGUGGUUGAUGAGCCUGAAGAUGUAAAUAAUUUUCUUGAUGUCUUAGAGAAAGUAUGCAGAGAAAAUCAACUGGAUUGUUCCACCGUUUUGCAUCAAGCCACUCCUAUGGGUGAAUCUCUGCUUCAUGUUGCAGCUGAAUAUGGGAAAGAAGGGAUCGCAGAGUUGCUUUGAUAACAAUUUUUCGCUAAUUGUGACGAACAUUAAUGAAGACACUGCAUUUCAUGUUGCUGCAAGAGCUCAGAAUAUUGGAGUAAUGGAUGUCAUUCUGUCCAAAUUCGAUGAUUCUAGUAGAAAGGACAGCUUUAUUAUGUUACCCAAUAAGUCUGGGAAAAGAGCUCUGCAUGAAGCCAUUUUGAGCGAAUAUGUUCAGGGGAUUGAUUUCCUUUUAAGUGAGCAAAGUGAAAGUACUCUGUCCCUCUAUUGGGACACUCACCCAGCUGACUCACCAAUAUGUAUGGCAGUCCAGACUGGGCAUAUGGGAAUUCUUGGUCGUUUCUUGAGUAUUUUAUUUCCCUCCAACCGGUUCAUUAAUAGGAGUGAUGGAAACUCUCCACUUCACGCCGCCACAUCAGCAAAAUAUAUGGAUUUUUUGAAAAACAUAGUGCAUAAAAAAGAAGAGCUAAUGCACCUGAGAGACGAACAUGGAUACACUCCUCUUCAUUAUGCAGCAUACACUGGUUACGUGGAAGGUAUUCGUGAACUUUUAAACAAAUCUACCCUCAUCGCCUUUCAACGAAACUCAAAAUAUAAUCUUCCGAUUCAUGUUGAUUGUGGUCAGGGCCAUGUUCGAGUGGUUGAAGAAUUGCUUCGCGUACAAGGGCCUUUUACCAGUUUUUGGUUCAAUAAUAAUGGUCGAAACGUUCUCCACAUCGCAGCAAAGAGAGAACGAAACAAGAUGGUAAAAUACCUAUUGAAACAGCCAAAGGUCCAUUCCAAAACUGUGAAUGAGAAAGACCUAAUGGAGACACCCCACUGCAUCUAGCUUCCAGAAAGCUGCAUCUUUGGACUUUAUUCCAUCUAUCACGAGACAAAAGGAUAAAUGUGAGCCUUGUAAAUGAUCAAAGUUUAACAGCUAGAGAUAUUGUCCGAAGGCAGAGUAAAUUCCCAAUGACUCAUAAAGAGUUUGGAGCAUACGUGAUUUAGGAACUGCUGGUGCCUCACUCAAAGAAAAUAAUUUGAGACGACAAACGCCUGUAGCAAAUAAAGAAUGGAAUGUGAAUGAUGGGGCCAACACUCUCAUGAUUGUCAUGAUUGUGGCAGUAUUAGUAGCCACAGUGACAUUUGCAGCUGGUUUCACAGUACCUGGUGGGGUAUACAGUUCAGACGACACAGUUCCUAAAGAAAGAGUCAUAGCAGUGUUGAGCGAUCAAACUCUGUUCAAAAUAUUUAUGGUGUUCAACACGAUUGCUAUGUAUUGCUCCACUUUCGGUUCUGUUAUUCUUCUUUGGAUGCAUUUGGCUGAUCAUCAUUUUUCAACUCGAGCAUAUUAUAUUUCUCAUGUUUUUAUCAAAUUGGCUCUUAUUACUAUGCCUGUGGCAUUCAUGGCUGCCAUACGUUUGGUUGUCAGCAAUAACAGCUUGCUUGCAGGUCUAACAAGUGUCGUCGCAUUCUGCUUCAUUUUCCUUAUGCUACUUCUUACACUUCUAGAAAGGUUUCCUCUUGGAAUUCGUCUUCCAUUUUUCCGUCAAGUUGGACAACUUCUUCUUUGGAUGGGUCUUAUUUUAUUUUAUGGAAGUAAGGAUUGGCAGAUUUAUGAUGUUGGUGAGAUACAACUAGACGAUGAAGAUGGUAUAGCCAAGCCAGUCAACGCCGCCUAAUAGGGAAACCAUGUCACCUAGUGUCCCUCGUG